AUGCAAGACGCUCAAGGCUUUGCGAAUUCGCCCACCAUGAUGAGAGGCGCUAUUCCCCAGCGCCGUACCACUGGAGAUUGCCAAUGUCAUUACUGUCGCAAUUCGAGAAUCUCUUCAGAGACGUCAGAAGAAGAAGAGAGCAACAGAAGCACGUCCUCUGGAACCAUGGCCGGGGAUGGUCGAUUUCCACACUACAACCCCAUUGCUAGAUCCCCACAGCAGUUCUUGUCUCCUGAUAUAUCCUUUGGUUUUGACUCGACGGGAGCUGCAUUUCAGGAACAUCACGAGCUUGACACUGCAUUCACAGCCCACUACCCCCAGCUCUUUGUGUGGCCCCGAACUGCUGCCCACAUCAGCUUUCCAGUUGUCGACUACAGUGAAAACCGCUGGCCGGCCAACACACCGUGGCCUCACUUUUACAUGGCUAUCGCCCCCGAGUCGGCCCGCAUUGAAGAUUUAAAGACAGCGUUGACGCCCAAGGGAUCUGGUACCAUUCUCACGGCUCGGUCGCGCAUGGAUGGCGAACAGAUGAGUGUGGACUUGUUUCUCGAUAUUACAAAGCUGCGCUGCAAUGCUAUGCAACUUGAGAUUACAACAGUCGAGGAGGGCCAUGAAAGAACAAAAUUUACACACAAGAAGUCGGAGAAGCCUCGCGAUAGGGAGCGGCCCAAGCCCAUUCCUUUUGGAUUCCAUGCCCACAGGUCCGCAAGCACCCCCAAUCCAGUUCGCAAGAACUCACAGAAACAUGGCAACAAGGGCAGGAUGACUACUCUUUGA